AUGGAGAAUGAUGGCAACUGCAAGGAGCCACUGGCAACCUGGUCAUCAUCUUCCGAUGAGAGCGGUUGCCUCUUAGGAGGCGGUAGCAAACACUGCCUCGACGAAGGCAAUGAAAGAAGAGGUAAUCCUAAUUCGCUUGCACACAGGGAUGGUCAGUCACCGCAAAGUCGUGUACCUGCUGCUGCCUGCUAUGUCUUGACAGGUCUUGUGAUAGUGACACUCCUGGCCCUCAACGUCGUCUUAGAUCUGCCCACAAAGGGCAACCUCAGAGGAGGACGCAGCCCCUCUGAAGGGGAACAUCCUGUCAGUCCUCGAAAGUUUCUCGAGUCCGGACUUGUCUUGAAGGACGACGAG